AUUUCUUAAUAAAUCAGCAAUUAGACUUAAAAUACAGAUAAGAUCCAUUAACCAAAGUUAAAUUGUCUCAUUCUCGGAUGCUGAAGCGGCAGGGAGGCAGUUGGUACUGUUUUGUGCACUGAGAGUGUUUUUUUAUGUUGGAGUGGAGUGAGCCACCAAAUCAACCUUCUCUGCUGGUGACCAUAACUGGGCAAAAAGAAAAAAAAAAAUUUAUUCUCUGUUUCCUAUAAGAGAGAGGCCUUAACCUCGUUAGUGCUUAUCCGAUGAAAGAAAAUUUUCAUUCUUUUCCCGAGAAACUAACACCCUGUUGACCUUAUGCCUUGUAUCAGUCUUCUCUAUCUUUCCUUCACAGUGAAGGUGGUGCUUGGAGGAAGGAGUUUAUAUUCAGUCGAAAAUGUGGGGUCUUGAGCUAAAAGAGAAACUCAAGAGCACCCAAGUUUAUGCCUUGAAUCAGCCGGACGGCGCCGGCGUUGACACCCUCGGCUGUUCGACCGGAGGGAAGAGUAGAUAUCAUAGAAUCAAAUUUAAACCGAAAUCCAAUAGGUGCAGCUCUGCGUCGGUAAGGAAAGCCCUUCUUCCUCAUGGACUCCCUAGAACUGACCUCCUUGAACCCACCAUAGACCCUCACCUAAAACCCAUUAACUUCAUAGAAACUUUAGCUGAUGUGUAUGGCCGAUUAGAGACUUGUUUAGAAUCAGAGAAAUCAUUAAUAUCCAUCGAGCAAUACUCGAUUUUGGGUAGCCUCCGUGAUCCCAAGAUGAUGAGAAGGUGCCUCCGUGCUGCAAGACAGCAUGCCCUUGAUGUGCAUUCGAAGGUUGUACUAUCUGCUUGGUUAAGGUAUGAGAGGAGAGAAGAUGGACUUGAGGGUAUAUCACCAAUAGACUGUAGUGGGUUUCUUCUUGAAUGUCCUAAGGCUACUUUGGAAUCUGGAUGUGAACCAAGUUCAAUUUUUGAUAAUUGCAAGUGUGUAAAGAUGCUUGAUUGGUCAAUUGAUAGGCAAAUCUUAAGUGGGAAUGAGUUUCUGAGUAUGGAAGAGGAUAGUGCUGUUGUUUGUUUUUCUGUUGGCAAUGUGGAAAUCAAUUGUCUUAGGCCCAAGAUUGCUGCACUUUCUUGCACCUUUAAGGCAAUGCUAUACGGUAGCUUUUUGGAGUCAAAAAUGGAAAAGGUUGAUUUUUCAGAAUCUGGUAUUUCUGUAGAGGGAAUGAGAGCAGUGGAGUUGUACAGUAGGACUAGAAGAGUGGACUUGUUUUCUCCUCAGAUUGUUCUGGAGUUACUGUCUUUUGCAAACUGGUACUGUUGUGAGGAACUGAAGUCUGCUUGUGAUGCUUACUUGGUCUCCUUGGUUGGUUGUCUCAACGAUGCCUUGAUCCUUAUUGAAUAUGGUCUAGAGGAAAGGGCAAACCUUCUUGUAGCUUCUUGCUUGCAGGUGUUCCUACGAGAGCUCCCAAGUUCUCUUUAUAAUCCAAAAGUGAUGCAAAUAUUCACUAGCUUUGAGGCUAAGGAGAGGUUGGCUUCUGUGGGGCAUGCUUCGUUCUUGUUGUAUUAUUUCCUAAGCCAAGUAGCCAUGGAAGAGAACAUGGUAUCAAACACAACACUAAUGUUGUUGAAAAGAUUAGCUGAGUGUGCCACAGAAAAAUGGCAGAAGGCUCUCUCUUGGCAUCAGUUGGGUUGUGUUAUGCUUGAGAGAAAAGAUUACAGAAGUUCUCAGUAUUAUUUUGAGGCAGCUGUUGAGACAGGCCAUGUUUAUUCUUUGGUCGGUGUGGCAAGAUCUAAGUACAGGCAAGGACAAGGAAACUCAGCCUAUAAAUUAAUGAACUCUCUUAUCUCAGAGUAUAAAGCAAUUGGGUGGAUAUAUCAGGAACGAUCUUUGUAUGGCAUUGGAAAAGAUAAGAUUGCAGAUUUGAACACUGCAACUGAAUUGGAUCCAACACUGGCCUUUCCAUACAAAUAUAGAGCAGUUGCAAGGGCAGAGGAAAAGCAGAUUAAGAAAGGUAUAUCAGAGAUUGACAGAAUCAUUGGAUUCAAGCUUGCCCCAGAUUGUCUUGAAUUGAGGGCUUGGUUAUUCAUAGCGAUUGGGGAUUAUGAAAAUGCUUUGAGGGACAUUCGAGCGGUGUUAACUUUGGAGCCCAAUUAUAUGAUGUUCCAUGGGAAAAUGAGUGGAGAUCAUUUGAUAGAGCUCUUGGGCCGUAGGGUUCGGCUGAAGAGCCAGGCUGAUUGCUGGGUGCAACUUUAUGAUAGAUGGUCUUCAGUAGAUGAUAUUGGCUCCCUAGCUGUCAUCCAUCAGAUGCUUGAAAUUGAUCCUGGGAAAAGCCUCCUGAGGUUUCGCCAAUCUCUGCUUCUUUUGCGGUUAAAUUGCCAUAAGGCUGCAAUGCGCUGUUUGCGCCUAGCUCGUAACAAUUCUGAUUCUGAGCACGAGAGGUUGGUUUAUGAAGGAUGGAUUUUAUAUGAUACUGGUUAUUGUGAAGAAGCUGUUGCAAGGGCUGAGAAAUCCAUCCUAAUCCAGAAGUCAUUUGAGGCCCUUUUCCUUAAAGCAUACACCUUGGCAGACACAAAGCUGGAUCCUGAAUCUGCUUCUUAUGUCAUUCAACUUUUGGAGGAAGCACUUAAAUGCCCUUCAGAUGGUUUCAGGAAAGGACAGGCAUUAAAUAAUCUAGGGAGUAUGUAUCUGGAUUAUGGUACUGUAGAUCAAGCUGAAAAAUGCUACAAGAUUGCCCUUGAAAUCAUGCAUACAAGAGCACAUCAAGGCUUAGCGCGUGUGUAUUUCUUAAGAGGUUGCAGGAAAGCUGCACAUGAUGAGAUGACCAAGCUAAUAGAAAAAGCACAUAACAAUGCAUCAGCAUAUGAAAAAAGGUCAGAAUAUUGUGAUCGUGACACGGUAAAGAAUGAUCUCGAUGCGGCAACACAACUGGAUCCGCUGAGAACUUACCCGUAUAGAUACAGGGCAGCUGUGCUAAUGGAUGAGCUAAAAGAAACUGAAGCAGUGGAAGAGCUUACCAAGGCCAUAGCUUUCAAGCCUGACCUCCAAAUGCUCCAUCUUCGAGCAGCAUUUUAUGAGGCAAUGGGAGAUCUCAGCUCUGCUCUCUGUGAUUGCCAGGCAGCUCUCUGCUUGGACCCAAACCACAAAGACACACUCGAUCUGUAUAAUAGUAUAUGCAGCUGUACAACAGAUCAAGAAGAUUUAAGUGAAGAACACCAUUAUUAAUUUCCAUUAACUUUCCAGGAAGAAGUGAGGAUAGAAAUGGUAUGUACAUCCUUUGUAAGAUAAAAAGCUUGAUAUAGGAAAGCAUCUUUCAACUCCCUUUUUGUUGAUUAUUGAUUAGUGAUAUAGCACUAGUCUAUCAUUGGAAACAGGACUUGUGCACCAACUAGAGACCCUGACCAAGGUAGUUCCCAUGAAACCAAGGACCAACUCAUUGCCAUACUCUCCUGUUCUUACCCAAUAUGAACUCUUCCCUUCUCUCACAAGCUCUGUUGCCUCCAAAUAGUUUUCCCUGGUAAAUCGCCAACUUUCAAAUCCUAUGUUUUCAAGAAACCUAUGAUAGCCCCCUGCAUUUACCUCCCAAUUCUGAAACCUAGCAAGGGAAGAAAGAUGGGGUGUCACAAACUGGUAUUCCAUAACUAUUCUUGCCUCUGUGAAAUGUACAGGAAAAUUCUGCUCCAUUGAUUCCAUCAGUGUUUGAAAAUGAACCAUCUGCAACUCAGAGAGAACCAAAUCCGUUUGCCCUCCAUUUUUCAGCGUCAUUUCCUAUUG